UGUUUGACACAAACGCACUCGAGAUUGACGUCAGGGGGAAUUUUUCAGGAUGCGGUUGUAAACAAGGAAAAUGGAUCGCAGGCAUAAAGAGAUCCUUCGGCGGAAGAGAGUAGAGCUUGUGUUGAAUUUAGACCCUGCAGAUGUCUACGAUGGUCUUUUGUCAAGGGGAAUCUUCACUAACGAUAUGAUCGAUGAAAUAAAGAGCUCUGGACAAAGACGUGAUCAAGCCAGGCAGCUGGUGAAGGAUCUAGAGACACGAGGAAGUCGGGCUUUUCCAGCCUUUCUGGAGUGUCUUCAUGAAACUGGACAACACGGACUAGCUGAGCUGCUGGAGACUGGAGAUUCUGCUCCUGUGCCUGUUCCUCUCCCCGUGCAGCCGACUGUAAUCCCCCUCUCUGUCCCAGAGAAUCGUGUAGAUUUAAAAUUGCCAGAAAUACGUGUUGCUCCGGAGAAGCUGAUUCCACUGAAACCGACGCCGCUGCCUAUCGCUCCUAAUAAAAAUGAAACUGAAAUAUCUAGAACAUCAAGGACCAGGAAAGAUAGCAUACAGAGCUAUAAGAUGGAAGCCAGUCCAUCUGGGAUCUGUUUGCUCAUCAACAACGUGGAAUUUGACUCUGCCUCAGAGCUAAAGAACCGCAAGGGGUCUGACAUCGACAGCGAAAAGCUGGAGCAACGAUUCAGAGCGCUCAACUUUAGUGUAAUUGUUAAAAGGAAUUUAAAAUAUAAACAAAUACGCCAUGAGCUGUCCGUGCUAGCUAAAAUGGAUCAUUCUGAGUAUGACUGCUGUGUGGUUAUCAUCUUAUCACAUGGCACUGAGGCCAGUCACAAUCGCUUUCCUGGAGCAGUCCAUGGUGUGGAUGGUCCCUCUGUCCCAGUACAGAUCAUCACUAACUACCUCAAUGGGCAGAACUGUCCCUCUCUGCAGGGCAAACCCAAACUCUUCUUCAUCCAGGCUUGUGGAGGAGGUGAGAAAGACACAGGCUUUGAAGUCUCUCCUGAUGAGGUCCAGUGCACAGAAGUAAGACUUGAUGAGCAGGUAGAUGCCAUCCCCACAUCCUCUAGCAGUGACUCACUAAGCAUGUCUGAUGAGCCAGACGCUCGGACCACCCUUCCCACACCCAGCGACAUCCUGGUGUCCUACUCAACCUUUCCAGGAUACGUAUCUUGGAGGGACACAAACAAAGGCUCGUGGUAUGUGGAGACUCUGGAUAGCAUCCUGGAGACGAAUGCUGCCACCGAUGACCUUGCCACCAUGUUAAUAAUGGUGAAUAACGAGGUCUCUCAAAUAUCCGCCAAAGGCCUGUACAAACAGAUGCCUGGAUCUUUCAACUUUCUUCGGAAGCUGUUCUACUUUCACACGCUGAAGACUUAAUUCAUUUUGUCGAUGUGCUUAAAAAUGAAAUGUAUUUAUAAUGUAAUGUACGGAUCAUGAAAAAACGGUUGUUACAACAAAAAAUCUCUGCUUUAAAACCAGACUGAAUUUCAAUUGAAAUCAGAAACUGCAAUUGAACAUGUAUAAGUGUAUAUGUUCACCAUGCUUGGAUACAGACCCGAGUUGAUUUUUUAUUAGUGUUUUUAGAUUUUGCAUUGCAUUUCUUACUAAAUUUUGAAAGUAAGACCACAAAGAAAGGUACUAAAAUAAAAAACUUUGAUUCUGAAAACAAA